AUGUAUUGGAAAGUGAAAGGAGCUGAAGAAAUCGGUUACUGUAACCGUCAUAAGAAAUGUUGGACAUCGAAAAGUUUUCUGGAAGACAAGAGGAUUCAGGUUGUUAGCAUUUCCAGUGGCACCUUGAGCAUAAACCGCACUUUGCCGCAGAAAACAACAGGUCACACUAUGACCAUUACAUGUGAAGUACUCACAACUGACAACAAAAUCUAUGUAUCUGAAGACACGAUCCUUUAUUCUUUAGAGAGUAAGUAAGACUCUACACAGAAUUCUUAAUAAUAAUGAUAAUGAUAAUGAUAAUGACAAUGACAAUGACAAUGACAAUGACAAUGACAAUGACAAUGACAAUGACAAUGACAAUGACAAUGAAAAUGAUAAUGAUAAUGAUAAUGAUAAUGAUAAUUAUAAUGAUAAUGAUAAUGAUAAUGAUAAUGAUAAUGAUAAUAAUGAUAAUAAUGAUAAUAACAAUAACAAUAAUGGUUGGUAAAAUGGUGUCACAGGUUUACCACCGAGGUAAAGGGAACUUAAGCAUGGCUUGAGUGGAUGUUAAGAAGGCCUAUGACUAUCUGUUGAUCACAAGUGGCUAAACAAGAUUAUGGAAUUACACCGGUUCCCCAGCUAGCUCUGUAGGGCGAACCGGAACGUCUGUGCAAACUGCAAUACCAGAAUCACAGUUCCUACAAAGCAGGGGAAUGAGACUUCCUCGACUAUCAGAUUCAGUGAGGGUCUGCCCGGGAGAGGGGGAUGGGGGCAGUUUGGGAGAAAGCGGGAAAAAUAACUGAAAAGGGUUUUUUCUUGCCUCCCUUCCCCGACUGCGUCAAAAUUUCGACGCCCGUCCCCUCUGUACAUAUAUGAAACUAAGAUGGCCACACGUACCGCGCCGGUAAGCGCUCGAUCCUGACGAUCUUUCACAAAGGGGCUUGUGAAAAGUGUAGGUAAUAGCGACCUCCAAGAAACCAGACAUUUUUUUAUCGAUGCAGUCAUUUUUACAAUACAGGAAACAAAGUAAAAGCAACAAUUUACUCACUCAGGAGACUAUCCUGCCCACUAUGAUCGAGUGAAACAAGUUUUGACGGUAGAUACCACAGGUUAGGCAACUUCGUCAAACUUACAAUAACACAUAAAUAGGAAAAGAGGUUUCAGGCUUAUAUAACAGUAAAAGGAAUUGACUACUCAAUACAGAAUGAUUAACAAUUAACUUGAUUUACUAUGAAUAAGCUGAAACAUGCUUACUGAGAAGCUCUCGUAAACGAUAAGACGCAAAUAAGUUAUGGUAUUUACCGCCCUCUCGUCAUUUAAUAGCGUCGGCAUAAAUACCUUCCGCACAUUUUUCAAGCAGUUUUUUACAUUUUGCCAUAUCCUUUUUUUUAUUUUUUUUAUUUCUUUCUUUAUACAUUUAUUUUAUUUUUUAUUCCUUUUCAUCUCAGGAUGGGAUCCGACUGUUUAAUAUCUAAUCAGUAAAGAAUAAUUACUUUUAAUCGUAAAAUUCUAUAGUGAAUUGAAAAAAAAAAGCCUUAAAGACCCUUUAUAGUUAGUAUCAUCAUUUUUAUGACAUAUUUUUCAGGUUCUGACAUAACAAGGCAAGAGCAUUCCAUUAGAGGUGAUAUUCAGACGCUGGAUUGUGAUGCAAUCAAAAAGGACCCAAGCAAAUACGAUGAAAUGUAUUGGAAAGUGAAAGGAGCCGAAGAAAUCGGUUACUGUAACCGUCAUAAGAAAUGUUGGACAUCGAAAAGUUUUCUGGAAGACAAGAGGAUUCAGGUUGUUAGCAUUUCCAGUGGCACCUUGAGCAUAAACCGCACUUUGCCACAGAAAACAACAGGUCACACUAUGACCAUUACAUGUGAAGUACUCACAACUGACAACAAAAUCUAUGUAUCUGAAGACACGAUCCUUUAUUCUUUAGAGAGUAAGUAA